AAUUCAGAGCAUCAUUCAUUCUUUCAUUCUUUCACAAACAAACCUAAACAGCUCAUUCAAGCACAGCAUCGCAUCGCCUUUGUUGCGCUUAACUGAGCUAGCCUUUCCUUCAAUUCUUUCAAUCCUCGCCAUAAAAAAUCAGCAAAUAUGCCUGGUCCAAUCUGCAACCGUAUUGUUCUUCCUCACAUUUUCUUAGUUUCUUAUCCUGCUCAAGGCCAUGUUAAUCCCCUUCUUAGAAUCGGAAAGAUUCUUGCUUCCAAGGGUCUGCUGGUCACUCUCUCUGCACCAAACACCAUUGGUGACAAAAUUCGAAAAUCCAACAAAAGCAUUUCAGAAGAACCCACUCCAUAUGGCGAUGGAAUGAUCCGAUUCGAGUUCUUUGACGAUGAAAGCCAGCAUAUCACCGUCCCUGAUGAGCACGCCGCACAUCUCGAAAAAAUUGGGAAGCAGAAGCUCCCAAUAAUGCUUCAGAAAAAUGCAGAACAGGGUCGCCCUGUUUGUUGCCUAAUUUACAGCUGCUUCAUUCCUUGGGUUGCAGAAGUAGGCCACUCCCUCCGAAUCCCUUCUGCUCCAUUGUGGGUUCAGUCUGCUGCCUGCUUCUCAGCUUAUUACCAUUACUACCACAAACUCGUUCAGUUCCCCACUGAAUCCCAACCUGAAUUGGACGUCCAGUUGCCCUGUAUGCCACUUUUGAAAUAUGAUGAAAUUCCCAGCUUCUUGCAUCCUUGGACACAGUACCCUUCCAUCACCGAUUCGAUAUUGGGAAUGUUCAAGCACCUGGACAAGAAUUUCUGUGUACUGAUGGAGUCGUUCCAGGAACUCGAAAACGACGAAAUCAAUUACAUGUCAAAGCUCUGCCCCAUCAAGCCAAUUGGUCCCCUGUUUAGAUAUCCUACUGAAAAAGCUGCAAAAUCAGCUAAAGUGGAUGUCAGCGUCUACUCCGCCGAUGAUUGCACUGAAUGGCUCGACUCAAAACCAGCAUCCUCUGUGGUGUACAUAUCAUUUGGAAGCGUGGUCACAUUGAGCCAAGAACAGGUUGGGCUAAGAUUGUCAAGAGGGGACUUUGAAAAGAGAGUCAUUCCCAGAGAUGAAAUAGCAGAGCGGUUGAUUGAAGCCACAACCGGUCCCAAGGCUGCAGAAAUGAAACAGAACGCAAUGAAAUAUAAGAAGGCCGCGGAAGAGGCUGUCUCAGAAGGUGGCUCCUCCACUUCGAAUCUGCUUGAUUUCCUUAACGAGCUCGCAAUUGGCGUUCCCAUGAUGUAA